UCCCAAACCCCCGGCGAGCAUCCCGAGUGUGCGGCGGCUCUGGCGAGCGCAGGGAAGGGCCUGUGCCGGGGAAUCCCGGUGCGGAGCGGCGGGACUGAGCACCUGGGCAGCGGACAGGGGAGCUGGGGGCGCCCGGGACCCCCGGCGUGAGCUCCCCCUCCGGGCUGCCAUUGGCCCCGCUCCAGGGCCGAUAUUAGAGCAGUAUUGCCCCGGCGGGGCACGGUGCUGCCCCGUGGGUCAUGGACCUGGGGUACUUUGCUCUGGCCUUUCCGCCGGGGCUGUGCCGCGGGGCCUCGCAGGUCCCGUACCCCCAAGGAGGGGACGACGCGUUCCCGGCGCUGGGCGCCCCGGCCAGCGCCGCACUCCCCCCGCAGGCGCCGGGCCCCGGCUGCCGUCCGUCCCGGGCCGCCGGACCGCCGGGCCACGCUGCCCCCAUCCUGCCCGGGAGCGGCCGCCCGCCGCCGCCGGAGCCUGGCCGCCGCUGCCCCUGCCCCUGCCCCUGCCCCUGCCCCUGCCUCGGCGGGGACGGCGGGCGGCUGCGGCUCCUCUCGCCCUGCCCCGGGGCCGCCCCCGCGCCCGGCUCCCCGGCUCCCGCCGCGGCCCCGACGGCGCCCCGCACCUUCGAGUGGAUGCGAGCGAAGCGGAGCCCGCCAGGGAGAAGCGGCGCGGCUCCGUGCGGGGGGGAACCUUCCGCCUGCUCCGCACGCACCAGCUUCAGCACCCGGCAGCUGACGGAGCUGGAGAAGGAGUUUCACUUCAGCCGCUACCUGUCGCGGGCCCGCCGCCUCGAGGUGGCCCGCUCGCUGCGCCUCCGCGACGCCCAGGUGAAGGUGUGGUUCCAGAACCGCCGCAUGAAGCAGAAGAAGCGGGAGCGGGAGGCGCUGGCCGCCCCCGCCGCCGAGACCGCGGCUGUCCCGGGCAGCCCCGCCUGAGGCUCCGCGGGGACAUCGGGGCUGGGCUGGGCUGGGCUGGGCUGGCAGCCGCGUGUCAUUUCACGCGGGACCGCGGCCGGGCCGUUCCGCUGCUUUUUCUGUUGCGACCUUAUGUACGGUUUUAUUUGUAAGGAUCCAGGGAAAACCGCUGGCCCGGAGCGCCGCUGCUCGGUGUGGGACCGCGCCGAGGCGGCGGGCGGGUGCAGCUAGGAGGUAGCCCAAGGCAGGGAGGGAGCGGCUCUGCCAG